GUGCCGGUGGCGGCCAUGAAGCUGAUGAACGGGGUGGGAGGUGGCAGCGCUGGGGGAUCCGGAGGGGGGGGCAAGACGGCGUUCUCCUUCAAAAAGUGCUCAGCUUUUCAGUUCGUCAAGAGGAAGGUGCGGAGAUGGAUGCGGAACCCCAAAGUGAGUGUUGAGAAGGCCCAGGGGAAAGGUCUGCUGUACCCCUGCUCAAAGUGCCCCCUGUCUGAUGAGCUCUGGUACACCCACUUCCCUUCUCCCUAUGGGUGCUGCCACAGCUCCGGUCUGCAGGGUGGUCUCUACUAUCACCCCGAGCCCACCUGUCACUGCUCCGCCUCCACCCAGACCAGCGUGGACAAGAGCAAGGGCUGUAAGGUGAGAAAGUGGAAGAUGCUGUCACGGCACCACAGUGAUAAGCAGAGGGAGAUAGAGCCGGACCUCCACUUGGGGGGCUGUCAGGCCUGGGGGGUCCACACUGGGCCCCUCCUGGCCAGUCCUGUGAUGCUGGAGUGCUCCAUCUGCAGUGGUCCCUACAUCAGCUAUGCCCUGGAAGACACCUGGCAGCCACGGCAACGCACACAGGCGAUGGACCUGUACUACCACAAUGACUCAGAGCCUGACAACUACUGUUGCCCCGGCGACAACACUUUCAUGAAACAGAGGAGAAUGGGGCUGAACGACUUCAUUCAAAGACUUGCCACAAACUCCUACGCAUGCAAGCAUUCGGAGGUUACAUCUAUUCUCAAUCUUCCCCAAGAUGCAGAGCUCAUGAAUGCCAACCCUUCCCCUCCUCCCAGUCCAUCACAGCAGAUCAACCUUGGUCCAUCUUCAAACCCUUCUGCUAAACCCAGUGACUUCCAUUUCCUCAAAGUUAUUGGCAAAGGCAGUUUUGGUAAAGUUCUGCUUGCACGCCAUCGCACUGAUGACCAGUUCUACGCAGUCAAAGUCUUACAGAAAAAAGCUAUUCUCAAGAAAAAGGAGGAGAAACACAUCAUGUCAGAGAGGAAUGUGCUGUUGAAGAAUGUGAAGCAUCCCUUUCUGGUUGGCCUGCACUACUCGUUUCAGACGGCCGACAAGCUCUACUUCAUCUUAGACUACAUCAACGGAGGAGAGUUGUUCUACCACCUCCAGAGGGAACGCUGCUUUCUGGAGCCCCGGGCCAGGUUCUAUGCUGCAGAGAUUGCCAGUGCUCUGGGGUACCUCCACUCACUCAACAUCGUCUACAGAGACCUGAAGCCAGAGAAUAUCCUGCUGGACUCCCAAGGACACAUUAUCCUCACAGACUUUGGGCUGUGCAAGGAGAACAUCGAGCCCAAUGGGACCACCUCCACCUUCUGCGGUACACCAGAGUAUUUAGCUCCCGAGGUCCUACAUAAGCAACCAUACGACCGAACAGUGGACUGGUGGUGCUUAGGAGCUGUUUUAUAUGAGAUGCUCUAUGGCCUGCCCCCCUUCUACAGUCGUAACACAGCAGAGAUGUACGACAACAUCCUGAAUAAGCCUCUUCAACUCAAACCAAACAUUUCCAACGCAGCCAGACACCUGCUGGAGGGUCUGCUACAAAAAGACCGCACCAAGAGGCUGGGCUGCAAGGACGACUUUCUUGAAAUCAAGAACCACAUUUUCUUCUCCCCUAUCAACUGGGACGAUCUCAACGCCAAGAAGAUAACCCCUCCUUUCAACCCAAAUGUGACGGGACCUAAUGACCUUCGGCACUUUGACCCAGAGUUCACAGAUGAGCCUGUGCCCAGCUCCAUAGGCUGCUCUCCCGACAGCACUUUGGUAACAGCCAGCAUCAAGGAGGCUUCAGAAGCAUUCGUGGGCUUUUCCUAUGCUCCUUCUAUGGACUCUUACCUAUAGGACCAACACAUGAAAACUAAUGGGACUUGAGACUCACUUGAACCCACACUCACCACUGGAUAAUGGAUUUUUCCGACCACUGCAACUGGUCUUUGAAUGUGCCAUAACAACCGUCUCUGGAAAUAUUUCUGCAAGAGGAGUUUACUCUGAUUUAGCAGCGCACAACUUAACAUACAGAAAUAUAGGUCAGUUGUCAGUGUUGAGUUGUUUCCAUUCAAUAGUGGAGAUCCUUUGCACAUUUAUUGCUCAGGCAGCUCAACAGCCCCCGUCUAUCAAUAUCAAGGCUACAGAUUCUGCUAGGACAAGCACACUACUAUACAUAAUUAUUCCUGCAAAUGGAUUUCAACCUACUGUAUGUAGCCCUGUGUCUUGUGAGACUCUCCAUAUUGUCAAGGGGGCUAUCUGAGUAUAAUGUCAGUUAUUUUGGUGCUUUCAUUUUUCCUUAUGUUUUCUGUGCGGUAUGAAAAGGGAUUCAAUAUGAAACUGAAUGUUACUGAGGGGGAUGACGUCUUACAAAGGUGCCUUCAUUUCUUCUCUCCAUUGCAUCAUUUGAGAUUUUCUGUGGCAAACUUUACACAUGUAGCACUUAGAAGACCAGUUGUUUUAAUAUAAACUCAAAUGAUGUUGUAUAUUGGUUUGCACAUAACUAUUCCUGGGAGAGAGAGGAAGAGGGAUAUGGCCCUGUUGAGAAAGAAGAGCUUGUAUCUUUCUGCUUGCCAACUGUCCCCCUCAUAUAGUCUUCCACCUGCCUCACAGACAAACCACGCUGACCACAUCCCAACUGAACAUUCCAUUUUAAAUAUGGCUGUGAUGCUAUUUAAGUUUAUUUGUAUAUUUUGAAUUUAUGUGUACUAGUUUUAAUGUACAGUAUCUUGAACAAAAGAAGGUAUGCUUAAAUGUGUAUAUGUAACAUGUUAAAUGUACUGUAAAUUGUAAAAUUGUUAAAGAUUUAUGUGACCAUGUUUGGUUUGCAAUAAAAGUUUAACUUUAUUAUACUGUAGAA